CCUUACUCUGAACACUGGUAAGUAUGAAGUACACAUACACAUUCGGCUACUCCCACAUGAGAGUGGCAAUUAAAACUUAUUUGGAAUGGAAGACGGGCCGAGGAAAAGUUAUUAACAGUUGCACAAUAUCUUAAUUAAUCUAAUAAUGACUCCUUCCGUCUGUUUUCCAGAUAUUGACAACCUCACACCAGCUUCUUGUUCAGCUUUGUUAAUAAAAUAUCCUUCAACUCGCAGUGGAAUGUAUUAUAUUAAUCCUCAAGGACUAAGUUCAUCGCCAUUGGUUCCAGUAUAUUGUAACAUGACUUCGAAGUAUGGUGUUCCUGCCACAGAGUUGGACAUGACAGUGAACGACGAACACUCGUGGACGGAUAUGAAGCAUCAGGUUCUUACAAACGUAAUAUCAAAUAUGGUAUUUCCAUGCAAGAUAUAGUUACAAUUAUGAAUCAGUCCACGAAUUGUGAGCAGUUUAUAAAAUAUGAGUGUCAUGCAAGCGUGAUUCUUACGGAUGGUUGGUGGGUAUCGCGUCAAGGUUCAAAGAUGAAUUACUGGGGUGGAGCCGCUGUCAACAGCAGAAAAUGCGCAUGUGGAAUGACCAACACCUGUGCAGAUGGGAAAGAAUGUAAUUGUAACGCCAAUGACAUGACAUGGCGUGAAGAUAGUGGAUACCUGACAGACAAGAACACGCUUCCUGUAACUGAGCUGAGAUUUGGAGAUACAGGUUCUGGAAGUGAGAAAGGAUACCAUACACUGGGAAAACUGCGAUGUUGGGGUUAG